GUCAGGCCUCUCUAGGUAUCAGCGCUUCUCUCCACCAUGAUCAACACCUACCAGACCAGCCUGGCUCCACCACCGGUCCCUCCACGCAUGAACAGGACCAGCCCGGUCCUCAUACCGGCCGCAGCCCCAUCACAUGGCUACAGCAAACCUCUCAUCAGGUUCUUGGUUGGGCUAGUGUUGCUGCAUUUGUUGCUGUCUUUCGUAGGAUUCUUCUACCUGUACCACACUAGCAAAAUGGAAAAGGUCCCGCUUGCUGAGGCAAAAGCUGCACUUCUCACAUCAGGAGGAAGAUCACACAAUGCCAUGGCACGCAUGACAGUCAAGCAGCCAUCAUAUGCACCAAGACAGAAUAUAACAUCGGCGGGCUAUCUCCAGUGGAACAUGGGCCGCUCAUUUUAUAGGAACAUCAACUACUACCGCAUCAGCUGGUUGACUGUGCUGCAGCCUGGCGACUACUACGUCUACGCCAGGGUUACCUUCUCCAGAGGGCAUCCCAAGAUCCCUCUGGCCAGCAGGGUCACCUUCAGGGAGAGUGAGACGGCAAAGGAGAAUGAAGUGAUGAAGGCCUACUGCAGUCUGGAGAGCCAAAGCAGCGGCCUGUGCACAGCCACCCAGGGAGAGGUGAUCACACUGAAGGCAGGAAACCAGCUCAGUGUCUGGGUGCAAGACCUCUCACUGGUGGACUAUGAGGAAGGAGCUACAACCUUUGGGAUGUACCAGCUGUAGGACUCUUAUAAUAUCACGUGGAUGGAUGUAAGCCAAAGAUGGGGACCUUUUUCUUUACGAUGGAGAGGAGGGACCCGGGCUUAAAACCACUCAGAACACUCUGAAAUGGGAUAAAGCCACCUUUUUAAAGGGUGGAUCAAGAAUCAAACUAACGAUUUUGGAUCUUUUUCAUGGAUUCUUCAACUAUAAUUUAUUAUAUCAUCUUUUUUGUGUGUGUUAUGUAAAGUGUGACUUCUGUGCUGGUAUUUUGAUUGGUUGUAUUUAUUGAUGUAAACGGGGUUGUCCAGGCAGUAAAAUGAAUUUAUAUUCAAUCCAACAUCUUUCUCCUCAGCUUGUUUUUCCAUC